AUGUUUGGUUCUUAUAACACGUCUGGGAACUCCAGGCCACCGGCGACAGGCUAUUUUCCACAGCAACAGAAUUCACAGCAACAGCAGCAACAGCAGCCCCUCAAUCAAAUGGGUGGUACCAAUUCUGUUUAUAACUCACAGCAGGGAGCGCCAACAUCUCUUGGGAAUGGCUCAAUGUUUUCGAACAUGCCACCUCAGGGUUUAGGUGGUAAUAUGAAUACGGGAAUAAAUAAUAUGCAGCAAACUGCUAACUAUUAUCCUUCGAUCCCAUCAGCUGGUGGCUUUGCAAACUCUACUGAUACUGGGAAUAAUGGGCUUCAUUCUAAUGUAUCAAAUCUCAAUUCUGGAAGCUAUCAGCAGCCCCAGACGCAGUCUCAGAUGCAGGCAAUGCAGCCACAAAGCACUGGCUAUUAUAAUGUACCAUUUCAGCAGCCUAUGCUACAACAUCCCCAGAUGACCGGAAUGCCUCUUUCGCAGCAGCAAACACAGCAAACACAGCAAACUGGGCUGCAACCGCAGCACACUGGGUAUGGUCAACUUCCGGAAACCCAAAACACCCUACUUCCUCAACAGACGGGAUUUUAUGCGCAAACUUCGCAACAACCUCUCGAACCUUUGAAGCCUACUGCAACCGGAUUUGUGAAUUCUUUUGCAAAUAAUGGUAUUAACAGUGAUAUAAAGAUACCGGUGAGACGGUUGUCUUUUAUUACAGCAAAUGACCAAGCUAAAUUCGAGAAAUUAUUCAGAUCUAUGGUACCAAGAGGGUCAAAUACUAUUUCAGGUAACGACUGUAGAAAAGUUUUGAUAAAAUCUGGUUUACAACCGUCUCAAUUGGCAAGAAUUUGGGCAUUAUGCGAUUCAAGCAAAGCUGGAGCACUACUUUUCCCAGAAUUCGCACUUGCUAUGCAUUUGGUGAAUACAGUUUUACAAGGAGAUUCGAUCCCUUAUGAGUUUGAUACAAAAACGAAAAAUGAAAUUUCUGGAUUCAUUGAUGCUAUAAAUCUGAGCAUUGCGGCGGAAAGUACCACAGAUCUUCCCAAUACUCGUACCCCUUUCGAUGAUCUUUUGUCGGCAGGCUUGUCCAACGUACAACCUCAAGGAACUGGAAUAAUGCCACAAACGAGUUUUGGGAUACCUCUUCAGUCGCAAACCACUGGCUCAGCGAUGAUUAAUUCUGCGGCCACCGGUUAUAUGCCCCAAACAAGUUUUGGCGCACCUGGUCAAAUGACUGGUAGUGCUUUAAAUAACUUCCAGGCACCCUUGCAACCUCAUAACACUGGAUAUUUGUCUCAAUCAUUAAAUGCACCUUCUAAUGUCCAGACAACCGGCGCAGGGAUCAUCAACCCUCAGAAUACCGGUGGAUUCGCCCAAGGCUAUUCAAAUCAGAUGAACGGCAAUAUGUCUGCUUUGCAACCACAGAGUACAGGAGGCUUUACUGCAGCUACUCAGAGUUAUCCGACUGUCAACCCUUCUUUGCAGCCACAGAGUACUGGAGGACAUGUCGCAGGUACUCAAAUUUAUCCAACUGUUAAUUCUUCUGUGCAGCCACAAUUGACAGGUGGGUUUUCGCAGGGAUUACAGCCGCAACUAACCGGCAAUAAUUCUUCUAAUUUUCAGCAACAGACUACCGGUAUGUUUUCAAAUUUAAAGCCUCAAAAUACUGGCAGUUUUGGCUCUUCAAUUUCGGCGAUACCUAUCACGCAACAACUUCAACCAACAAGCUUCAAUUCUGAUUUGCAGCAACAAAAUACGGGAACUUUACAGCAGCAAAGUACUGGAGGGUUCAGCUCUCUGUUGCCCCCUCAAAUGAGAGCUAAUAUUGCUAUGCAACAGCCACAAGCCACCGGAGGGCCCCCAAACGUGUCAUUCCAGCAGCAAUCUACGGGCGGAUAUUUUCCAAAUUUAUCUGUAGGGUCCGGCUCUGCUCCAAUGGUUAACCAGCCUCAGCAAACCGGAAAUAUGUUCCCUUUGCAAAAUCAGCAAACAGGUUUUCUACCAGCCUCUGGCUUCAACCCAACGAAGCCAUUAACCGCGCAGAAGACUGGGUUUGGUAAUAAUGAAAUUUAUUCGCAAUCCAAUUUUGGAAGUAAUUUCACUGCACAAACUGAGGAUUCGAUCACAGACGAGGAAAAGUCUUUGUUUUACAAAGUCUUCGAAACAUAUGAUAAAGAAAACAGAGGCCUCUUGGAUGCUUCUUCAGCAGUGGAAAUAUUCAGGAAAUCAGGUCUUAAUAGGACCGAUUUGGAAACUAUUUGGGCACUUUGUGAUAUUAAUAACAAUGGGCAGCUCAAUAAGCAGGAAUUUGCAUUAGGUAUGCACUUGGUGUAUAGAAAAUUGAAUGGCUUUCAACUUCCAAGUAGAUUGCCUUUAAAUUUGAUUCCCUCGAGCAGGAAAAUAUUGGACAACGUGAAGGAUCAAUUGAAAAACGUGCGUGCUGAGGACGAUAAAAAAAAUGUCACCAAAACAGAUGCUUUGAGCUAUAAAAACAAUGACGAUGAAGAAGUUUUACCAAGCUUUAGAAAUCGGAGAAAGGUUUUCAACACAACUGCUGCUAACUUUAGCCCCUCAUCAAGUCCAGUAUCAACGCCUACUCAACACAAGGAGGUCCCAAAAUUGCAAAUAAAUAGAAACAAGGAAAGAGGUGAACAGUUAUACAAGGCAAUUGCUGAGAAGAAACAACUGAUUCGUGGCCAACGGGCACGGAAACUAACUCCUUCUACAGACGAUUUCGAUCGGAUUGAGGUGUUAAAGGGCAAGAUUAGAGCUUUCGAAAGAGCUUCGGACGUACAGAACGCAUCUGUUCCAUCCGAAUUAAAAGCAAAAUUUGACUCAUUUAUGCAGAAACUCCCUAAUGUGUUUUAUAGAAUCAACGAAGUUGAUUCCGCUAUUUCAGCUGCCAAAAUAGAAAUCUUCAGACAAAAGAAUCCAUCGUGUCUAGUUGGCAGUGGACCUAAUGGUGAAAUCACGGAAGAUGAUAAGAGGAAAGCGAAAAGCAAAGCGCUCUUAAAAUCCAGAAUGGAUGCGCUCACAGGUAAAGUCUCGUCUGCAAAUGACUCUUUUGAAGCUAAAGAAGCACAAUAUAAUGCUGAAAUUGCUAAAAUAAAGUCAGAAAGUUCAAAAAAUCUGGAAAUUAUAGCUGACAUCCGGAGAUCUAUCGCAGAACUUUCAGCGUCCUUGACCACAAGUUUAAAUGGUGGUACGGUCAGCAACAGAGCAGCUGAUUUCGAAAAGUGGGAAUUAGGUGCUGGUUUGGAACCCGAUGUUGGGUCGUUCAUUAACGAUCUAAGAUCUACUUCGUCAGCCCAACAUUUUCAAGAAGAGGCCAAAAUCAACUCACAGCAGCAACAAGCGGUAUCAUCUCAUCGGAAUACAGCUCAAAACUACCCUAAUUAUACUUCGGAACCAGAAAGACAGAUUUCAUCGAGAGAGGUAGGUGCGCAAGUUCGAGGAGCGGAUGAUCGCAGUAUGAAGAAAAGUGACAAUGCGGAGGAUGAUGCAGAAGAAAGACAGCUGCAGGAAGAACUGAACAGAUUAAAGCUGAAAAAAAAGGAAGAAAAGGAGAAACGAUUGGCUGAGCUUCGCCGUCAGAUAGAGGCUGCACAAGCUGAGAGUUCCGAUGAUGAAGGAGCAGAGUCUGUCCCGAUUUACAAAUCCGUUGGCGGUCAGAAUACCGUACCUUUAAACGACAGUAGAACUUCGGUUUUGAAUGUGCAAAGUCAGCAUUCGUCUGCAAAUGUGGCGCCCACAGGUACGGGCGGUCCAAACCCUUUUUUCAAACAGAGUGGUUCGACGACUUCUUCAUUCGAUUCGAGAGCGGCGGAAGUGCAACGUAGGUUGCAAAGAGGCUUAGACCAUAAUGAUGAUGACGAUUGGUCUGACGGUGAGCCCGAAAAUCAAAAACUUCCCGCUUCAUCAACAAUUAAAGUAGAAGAAAAUGCUACUUCCAAGAAAUCCUUUCAACCUGAUAGUACAGCAAUUUCGUCUCCAGUGCUAUCAACUGCUGUUCCCUAUGUGAGUAGCAAUGAAAAUGUUGUCGCGAAAGUCAGUUCACCAGUACCUAUCGCCCCACCGAUACCACAAGUUGGGAGUACCUCGGCUCCGCCGGUACCCAUAGCUCCCCCGCUACCACAAGUUGGGAGUAACCAAGAGACUCCAGUCCCUAUAGCUCCUAUGCCACCGGCUGCUGAUAAGUUUGUCGAAGUGGAGCCCACGUCUGCUGCUUCCUCAUCAACUCAAACCAAUGCGCCCUCAUCUUUCAUGGCUCCACCUCCGCUGCUUCCUACGAAUCAAGCACAGACUGCUUCAGGAGAAGAGAGUGGCGGAGAUGACUCCGACGACUUGCUAUCUAUUCCUGACUCAGUCGCAUCAGAAGAUCAUGGUGCUCCACCAUCCGGUAUUCCUCCACCUCCUCCACUUCCUUCUAUGUGA